AUGGUACGUGAGCCUACUUUUGUCAUGAUGCCAGUAUUAAACUUGGGGUUUGAGCGGGCGGUUCGCCCGCUCAUAGAAAGAGAUCUAUAUUGGAUACCAGAGACAAUCAUUUAUCAAGCAAAAAUGAAUACCGAAUUGUAA